GUGUCUCAGGCUGCAGCAGACCUGAAGCAGUUCUGCCUGCAGAACGCACCGCACGAUCCCCUGCUGACAGGAGUAUCAUCGAGUACAAAUCCAUUCAGACCCCAGAAAGUUUGUUCAUUUUUGUAA